AGGCCCCGGCCGGAGUAACGGACUCGAGCUCCCCCCACCGGAAGUGGGCGGCCACGCGGCGGGAGGAGUCGGUGGUAGCGUAGCGGCUGCGGGCUGCGGGCUGCGGGCGCGGGGUCCGAGCGGCUCGGACUGCUCUCUCCGCGCCAUGGCAAAGGCCGCCGACGUGGUGCGGCUGCUCCUGGGCUCCACCGCGCUGUGGCUCUCGCUCCUCGGCGCCCGAACGACCUCCGCGUCCAAGGCGGUGACGGCCCACUUGGCCGCGAAGUGGCCCGACACGCCGCUGCUGCUGGAGGCCAGUGAAUUUAUGGCAGAAGAAAGUAAUGAAAAAUUUUGGCAGUUUUUGGAAACUGUACAAGAAUUAGCAGUUUAUAAGCAAACAGAGUCAGACUAUUCUUACUACAACUUAAUCCUGAAGAAAGCUGGACAAUUUUUAGACAAUUUACAUAUAAAUCUCUUAAAGUUUGCUUUCUCUAUAAGGGCAUACUCUCCAACUAUUCAGAUGUUUCAACAGAUUGCAGCUGAUGAGCCCCCACCAGAUGGUUGUGAUGCAUUUGUGGUUAUCCAUAAGAAACGCACCUGUAAAGUUAGUAACAUUAAAAAGCUGCUGAAGAAGGCAACUUCAAGGCCCAGACCUUACCUGUUUAAAGGAGAUCAUACAUUUCCUACAAACAAAGAGAACUUACCAGUGAUUAUCCUGUAUGCAGAAAUGGGUACCAGAGCAUUUCGUAAAUUUCACACAGUAUUGUUGGAAAAAGCGCAAAAUGGGGAAAUUCUUUAUGUUCUCCGGCAUUAUAUUCAGAAACCAUCCUCACAGAAAAUGUACUUAUCUGGCUAUGGUGUGGAGCUAGCAAUUAAGAGUACAGAAUACAAAGCGUUGGAUGAUACCCAAGUCAAAACUGUGACUAAUGCUGUUGUAGAAGAUAAGACUGAAACAAAUGAAGUCCAAGGAUUUCUCUUUGGGAAACUAAAAGAAAGAUAUUCAGAUCUUAGAGAUAAUCUGACAACAUUCCAAAAAUACCUGAUUGAGAGUAAUAAAGAAAUGAUGCCUUUGAAAGUCUGGGAACUGCAAGAUCUUAGUUUUCAAGCAGCUUCUCAAAUAAUGUCCACUCCAGUUUAUGAUGCCCUGAAACUAAUGAAAGACAUUUCACAGAACUUCCCCAUAAAAGCCAGAUCUCUGACCAGAAUUGCUGUAAAUGAACGCAUGAGGGAGGAAAUAGAGGAAAAUCAAAAGCAUCUUCGAGAUAGAUAUGAAAUUCGGCCAGGCGAUGCUUCUCUGUAUAUAAAUGGGCUUCAUAUUGAUAUCAAUGCUUAUGAUCCUUUUAGUCUUUUAGAUAUGCUGAGACUGGAAGGAAAACUGAUGCAUGGCCUUCACAAUCUCGGGGUUGACAAAGAAGAUGUGAGUGAACUUUUAAAAUUAAGCUCACAUAAUUGGGACGAUAUCUAUGCAUUAGAUAUUAGGCAUUCUUCAAUAAUGUGGAUUAAUGACUUAGAAAGUGAUGAUUUGUACGUUUCGUGGCCUGCAAAUUGCCGGGAAGUUUUGAAGCCGGUAUUCCCUGGAAGUAUACCUUCCAUAAGGCGUAAUUUUCAUAAUUUGGUUCUGUUUAUUGAUCCUGCUCAAGAAUAUACCUUGGAGUUUAUAAAACUUGCUGAACAUUUCUAUUUUUAUAAAGUCCCUCUUAGAAUUGGUUUUGUGUUCAUUGUUAAUAUAGAUGAUGAAGUUGAUGGAACAGCUGAUGCUGGAGUUGCUCUUUGGCGAGCUUUCCAGUAUAUUGCAGAAGAGUAUGAUACAACACAAGCAUUUAUUUCCAUAGUAAACAUGUACAAAAAAGUAGAGAAUCGAAAUAUACUCACUGUGGACAAUGUGAAGAGUGUUCUCCAAAGUACAUUUCCUCAUGCUAAUAUUUGGGAUAUUUUGGGAACUUAUUCUAAAUAUGAUGGUAAAAGAGAGGCAGGAGCAAACUUUUAUAAGAUGACGGGCCUGGGUCCUUUGCCUCAAUCUCUUUACAAUGGUGAACCCUUGCAAGAUGAAGAUUUUGUGAAACUAGAAGUGGCUAUUCUUCAAAGAAUGGUGGAUACAACUGUAGAGUUACAGAAGUACGUUCUUACGGGCAUAUUAAAUGAUCAAACAGAUACAGUUGACUUCCUUAUGGUUAUGAAUAAUGCUGUACCCCGCAUAAAUCCUUUGAUUUUGCACACUGAAUGGCAGUACCUUAAUUUAAUAUCUACAUCAGUAACUGCUGACAUUGAAGAUUUUUCUACUUUCUUCUUCUUGGAUUCACAAGAUAAGAGUGCUGUAAUUGCUGAGAACAUGCAUUAUUUAACCCCAGAAGAUGAUAGACUUUCUCCGGUUACUUUCUGGAUUAUUGCUGAUUUUGACAAACCAUCUGGUAGAAAACUCCUUUUUAAGGCAUUAAAGCACAUGAAAACAAGUGUUCAUAGUCGGUUGGGAGUUAUUUAUAAUCCUACAUCAAAAAUAGAUGAAGAGAACACAGCUAUUUCUAGAGGAAUUCUUGCAGCUUUUCUUACGCAGGAAAAGCGCUUUUUGAGAAAAUUUCUCAGGAAACUGACAAAGGAAGAAACUGCUACAGCUAUUUACUCUGGAGUUAAAAUUAAAACAUUCCUUGCUGAGGGGAUGGAUAAGAAUGCUUUUGAGAAAAAAUAUAAUACCAUUGGACUGAAUAUUUUUCAAACUCACCAGUUGUUCUGUCAAGAUGUACUUAAAUUGCUUCCUGGAGAAAUAGGUGUUGUCAACAAUGGGAGAUUCUUAGGACCUUUAGAUGAAAAUUUCUAUGCAGAAGAUUUUUACUUGUUGGAAAAGAUAACACUCACUAGUUUAGGAGAGGAAAUUGAAGACUUUGCUCAAAGUACAAAAACUAUCGACUUAAAGGUCAUGAGUGACUUUGUUAUGAAAUUCGAUGCCCUCGUUUCCUCUUUGCCUCAAUCUGCCUCUCGGUAUGAUAUCACAUUUCUUAAAGAGAAUCACAGCGUUAUAAAGAUAAAUUCUCUGGAGGAUGAUAUGGUCUUUGAUGUCAUUGCUAUUGUUGAUCCGUUGACAAGAGAAGCACAGAAGAUGGCACAGUUACUAAUCGUACUUGGCAAGAUUAUCAACAUGAAGAUAAAGUUGUUCAUGAACUGUAGGGGUAAGCUUUCAGAAGCCCCUUUAAAGAGCUUUUACCGUUUUGUUCUGGAACCGGAACUGAUGUUAACGGCUAAUGGCAUUGUUGGACCAGCAGCAAAAUUCUUGGGUAUCCCUGAGGCACCCCUUCUAACCCUCAACAUGAUUACUCCUGAAGGCUGGUUGGUUGAAAUAGUACGCAGCAACUGUGACCUUGAUAAUAUUCAUUUAAAGGAUGUUGAGGGAGCUGUCACAGCAGAAUAUGAACUAGAAUAUCUGCUACUCGAAGGACACUGCUUCGACGUAACUACAGAACAAGCUCCUCGGGGUCUGCAGUUCACACUGGGCACAAAGAAUAGGCCUGUUAUGGUUGACACCAUCGUGAUGGCCAACCUUGGAUAUUUUCAGUUAAAAGCAAACCCAGGUGCUUGGAUACUGAAAUUACGCCAAGGGAAAUCUGAAGAUAUUUAUCAAAUAAUUGGGCACAAAGGAACUGACUCUGAACCAGACCUAGGAGAUGUCAUUGUUGUGUUAAACAGCUUUAAAAGCAAAAUACUGGAUGUACAAGUGCAAAAAAAGCCAGACAAAAUUAAGGAAGAUAUCCUUUCCAGUAAAAAUGAAGAAAAAAAAAAAGGAAUGUGGGAUUCCAUUAAAAGUUUCACAAGGAGGUUGCAUACAAAAAGAGACACUCAAGAAACAGACGUUCUAAACAUCUUUUCAGUUGCUUCUGGCCAUUUAUAUGAACGCUUUUUAAGAAUUAUGAUGCUUUCUGUUUUACGUAACACCAAAACACCAGUGAAGUUCUGGUUUCUUAAAAAUUAUCUCUCACCGACGUUUAAAGAGGUGAUCCCUCACAUGGCCAAGGAGUAUGGAUUCCAGUAUGAACUAGUCCAGUACAGGUGGCCCCGAUGGCUUCAUCAGCAGACAGAAAAGCAGAGGAUUAUCUGGGGUUAUAAGAUUCUCUUCCUUGACGUCCUCUUCCCUCUUGCAGUGGACAAAAUCAUUUUUGUUGAUGCUGACCAGAUUGUGAGACAUGACCUAAGAGAACUUCGAGACUUUGAUCUGGGUGGAGCUCCUUAUGGGUACACGCCCUUCUGUGACAGCCGCAAGGAAAUGGAUGGGUAUCGUUUCUGGAAAAGAGGAUACUGGGCAUCACAUCUUUUAAGAAGGAAAUACCAUAUCAGUGCCUUAUACGUAGUAGAUCUCAAGAAAUUCAGGAGAAUUGCAGCAGGUGACAGACUCCGGGGCCAGUACCAAACUCUCAGUAAAGAUCCACAUAGUCUUUCAAACCUCGAUCAGGAUCUUCCCAAUUACAUGAUUUACCAAGUUGCCAUAAAGUCUCUUCCUCAAGACUGGCUGUGGUGUGAAACCUGGUGUGACGAUGAAUCCAAACAGAGAGCCAAAACGAUCGAUCUGUGCAAUAACCCCAAAACGAAAGAACCUAAACUAAAAGCUGCUGCCAGGAUUGUCCCAGAAUGGGUGGAGUAUGAUGCUGAGAUACGGCAACUGCUAGAUCACCUUGACAACAAGAAGACAACUGCGAUUUUGACACAUGAUGAACUCUAGCACUGGCUUCUGUAAGAAGAUGACAAGAAAUCUGCCACCUGCUGGGGAAGUGUGGAACUACUGCUAAGACUUCUGGAAGUUUCAUUAAGGAAUAUUCUUCAAUUUAAAAUAUAUUAAUUAUUUAAAAUACA